AGUGCGAAUAACGUUUAGUAACAAAUGGUUUUGAUAGUUUACGUGAAAGCAAACAGCCAUUAGCAGAGCGCGCGAGCUCCUUGUGUGUGUGCCCGCGUGCGUGUUGCUGAGUCAGUCUCUCGUCCAGCUCGCAGCGCACGCGCCCUCGUCGGUUUUCUCCGUCAGUUGGAACAGUUUCCCCCCCGCCGUCGUCGUUCACGCGGCGUGGACACGGAUCCGCGCGGAGCUCUCGCCGCCGUCAGCCGAACGUGUUUCCAGCCUCUCAUAAGUUGUUAGUCCGUUAGCGCAUUGGCCGCCCAUGGGCGCCGCUGUUCCCCCGUACUCUGCUGUUGCUCCGCCGCGGGUCCAGCGGGGGCUGUCCGGUGCGUCUCUCUGCGGUCGGUUCGGGACGACUCGAGCUCUGCUUUUAUGAAUGAAAAACGAGCCGGGACAAUGCGAGUGACUGCUGAGCUCCCCAGCAGCAGCAGCAGAAGCAGCCGGGCUCCCGGGGGGCCGGGCGCCGAUGAAAGGGAUUAACAGCGGAGCGGCUCAUUGCGGAAAAGCGACUGCAGACUGGCGUGGAAACGUGAGGAAACGGGCUCCAUAGCGUAGAGCGGCGGAACAACCCCGCUGUCACCGCAAGAUGUCCAUCCACAUCGUGGCUCUUGGCAGCGAGUGUCCUGGAGGAGUGGGACCCGGGGAGGAGAUCAUGGGCCAGGGGCAGCUGCAGGGCGGCUUGCUGUGGAGCUACCUGGGUCAUGGUGCGCUGGUGGGACCAUGCGAGCUGGAGGGCAGUGUGCACAACCCGGCUUUUAUGGAAUACACCUCACGUGUGUUUGGAGAUGUCACUGUGGUGGUUAGGGAUUGCCCCAGUUGGGACUUGUUGGACAGCGACUGGGCCAGUGUGCGGAAAGUUCUCGAGCAAGCCGACAUACUGGUCAUCAAAUAUUCUGUUACAGACAAGCUGGCCUUCCAGCAGGUCAGAAAUGGUUACGCCCCAAGACUCCGGCCUCUCCUGAGACACUGGGGGGUGCCGGUGAUCCUCGUCGCUGUUGGGGCACGGCUGAACGAUGAAGGCCCUCCCUGUACAUGUCCAUUGUGUGCGUCUGACUGGAGCAGCAGUGUACCUCACAGUGAAGGUCUGCAGCUGUCCAGGGACCUGGGGGCGACCUACCUGGAGUUACCCUCUCUCAACCAUGUCUUUGUUGGUCGCUACUUCGGCAGCGUGCUGGAGUACUUCAUGAUUCAGUGUCUAAAACACAAAGCCAAAGAGAGGCCGGACAAGAGGAGAGGGAAUAAAGUCAAUGAACUCCGACCACCUUUCCUAGAACAGCCGGCUCGCCUUCCCCCCAUCCGAGUGGAGGAGUCCAGCUUCUCCCAGGACAUGCAGUGGUUGUUGGAGCGUGGUGUGCAGUUUGCCGACGUGGCUUUCUAUGCUGGGGAUUCUGGAAAGGAACUGGGGUGGGCACACGCAGCUGUUCUGUGUGCUGUCAGCCCGUACUUCAGACAGCUGCUCCUGGGGCCCAAAACCAGGGAACGGCCUCAGUCCCGUUGUGUUUGCAGAGAGAGGGAAGGAGGUCCCCAUUCACUGCUCUCAACCUGGGACGGGAGCAUCAUUGAUGACCUGCCUCGGUCAGACGGACAUGUGACUGGACGCCUUACUCGACUUGUGGUGAAGGACCCCCUCCUGUGUAUGUGCCUGUGGGAGACUCUCAUGUUCAUUUACAGAGGAGCGUGGGAGUGGGAGCACCUCCAGGAGGCCCUGGAAGAGAGGCUGAAGAAUUCCCUCGCCGUGGGUCAGCUUAUGGAGCGCAUACGCUCCAUCCUUGGAAGAGACAGGAGCUCCAGGGACACGCCGAGUGCACGAGCAGCUCAGCUCGGUCCUCAGACUCUGGUCAACCUCUUCAAUUCUCCUCUCUAUUCCGACGUCAUUUUCAUGGUGCAAGGUAGCGUAUUGCCUGCUCACCGGGCCGUCCUGGUUGCCCGCUGUGAUGUCAUGGCGGCCAUGUUCAGUGGGAAGUACGCAGAGGCUCGGAGCAGAGUGGUUCCCAUCCACGGCGUCUCCUCCGACACCUUCCUGUCUUUCCUCGAGUACCUCUACACUGACUCCUGCUGUCCUGCCAGUGUGCUGCAGGCCAUGGCCGUGCUGGUUUGUGCAGAGAUGUACCAGGUGAAACGGCUGCAACAUCUCUGUGAGGUGUGCGUGUGCGCGUACCUUCAGAGCAUGCCCAGCAGAGAGCUGGCUUCAACGGGCAUCAGUGUGAUCCGACUCCUACGCAGAGCAAAGUGCCACAAUGCAGAGCAGCUGUACGUCUGGCUCCUCCACUUCAUUGCCAACAACUACCUGAUCUUCAGUCAUAAACCCGACUUCCUGGAGCUCUCAGAGGAGGAGCGCGAGCAGGUGGAGAGGUUGCGUUGGCCCUCCCGGGGCUACUUGCAGGAGCUCAGCGAAUACCAGCAGCGACGGCGCAAACUACGCAAGUCCCGCUGCAUAGUCAUGUGACCGCACCCACUCCGAGACACCCGAAAACCCUGUGGAGAUCAAUACGGGAGGAAAUCCAAAGAAAACACUAUUAAGCAAUGGAGAGGAUGCGCACCUUUUAGGAACAAUGCUGCAGAACAUGAAGUUCCAGGACAAAAAAAAAAGACAGUAAACAAGAAGUUGCACAACUGGGACGCACUCCUCCUGCUCCGUCUGCAAAUGAACGCCUCUCGGGACGAGGACUUCACCAUUACAGGCAAUACAAAUGAAAUGAUCCUCUUUUUUUAAUGACCAGAGUUCUGUGACAUAUAUUUCUAGCGGAUGAUGCAAACGUCGUGGAUUUCAGAAAAGAACAGCGACACAAACUGGCUCUUCUCUUUGACUAUUAAUAAUUCAUACCCAAACAUCUGUUGCAAAGCAAACCACACCCCCUGUGCAGAUGGCUUCAAACUACUUUUGUAACUUCAGGCUAUAAAAGAAUCUCAAGCAUAUCUGUUUGAUACCUGACAAGUCGAGUCUUCUGUCAUCUGGACUCAAGACCGCGUGACAUACUGCACUUUUGUCCUGUUGGGUUCAGAGACGAUCCAUCUAUGCUAUUCUUAAUCUGUGUGAUAAAGUCAGGUUCUUUGUGUGCAAAAUUGAAUUUAUUUCAUUUCAAAGCUCCACGGCUGGAGAUCUCUAGCAUUUCUUCUUCCACAAGUUGAAUAUAUAUAUCAAAAUUAGUUAUUGAAAAUAUUUUAUUUUUGCCAUUUCUGGAGGUGGAUGUACAAAAAAAAACAACUGCGUUAUGAACAUACAGUAAAACCAUGAUGCCUCUGGGUUCAAACACUCUUUAUAUUUUUAAGUGUUUUUUUAUCAUGUUGAGAUCAUAAGUUAUGGUGCUGCAAUUAUUUUUUUUAACAAAACAAAUGAUUUUUUUUCCCAAGACAACAGGGUGGCUAUUUUAAAGUCUGAUGUUUCUCUGCUAUUUACAAAAAAGAAAGCUGCGAUCUAAAUAUGCUAACUUGAAAAACAUAAAGUGCAAAUUUGGCCAGUAAGCCUAAAAAAACCAAACAAAAAACAAAUAACAGUUGCAGCUAUUUCUUUGUUACAUGGAUUAUUAUGAAUCUAUAAUGGCCAGCAUAUCAUAUGCAACAUAGUUUGUCUAGUUUUAGCAAAAUGUGUGUGUGUAAAUGUAGCAAAAGAAUAUGUAAAUAGCUAUUGUAGAGCUACAAGAAUUAGAUUUUUACAGAGCUCAGGUGACAGCAGAUGCUCUCUGUGACCACUUGGCGUGCAUUUAUUCUGCACAGCAGCAAUCAAGGUUUGUGUGUGGUAAAAAAAAAUCCUCAGUUACAUCCAACUCUACAGUGAAAAGCAGGUGAAACUCUGGAAACGCAGAGCAUCGCAAUGCUGCUUUAAGCAUCAUCCAGCAAAGCUCCGCCCCUCCAGAGCUGCACACACUGUAAAUAAAGAUGUGUUUUAGAAUG